CAAGGAUUCAGGAGGGAAAAAACACACAGACACAAUUAAUCGUCCACUCCCAGCAACAUAUGGGAAAAUAUGGGAAGUGAGGGGGAGGACAAAAACCCAGACAAUAUGGGAAAAUAUGGGGAAUCUUGUUAUCUGUGUAUAUUUAUUUGUGUGUCCCAGGGCCCCUUCAAAGGAUUUGGACCUGAUGUUGCAGAAGAGUGACCUCCACCGCCACUGGCAUGCCAGACAGAGGUACUUGAACUGCCCCGUUCUCAACACCACCGGGAUCCACAUCGUCCACAUGUUGUAUUUCCCGUACAACAAGACUACUCAGACUAUGAAGGCCGACGAAUCGGAUUUCGACCACAAGUUCUAUAACAAGAUGAGGACGAAGUUGGAGGGAAGGUAUUGCAUUAAGCUCUGGAAGCUUUCAGACAUGCGCUCGUACGUGACGGCGGAAUACCCAGGUCUUUGGGAGUUAGUGGAAAAGAAGGCGGACCGCCCGGUGGCUCUCGUGGAUUUCUACCGCCUGCUCGUUGUCUACGACUUCGGUGGUGUAUUCUGGCAAUACGGCUCAGAACUGACCCGCCAGAUGUGGGAGCUACCUGAUCCGUUCGAGCCCUUCAUGCCCCCCAAAGGCAAGGGCGCGAGGCUCAUGGUCGAGAAGUGGCUGACGCAGGAGCAGGCAGACGAGAUCGGCAGGACCAGGGCGAGUCGACAAGGGAAAGCGCCGGCGCUGAGGCGGAUUGCAACGCAGGUCUUCGCCGCAUGGCCGCACAACGAUUUCCUACGCUUCGCGUGCAGGAAGGCGAUCUGGAACCUGCUGACCAUCCCCGUAAAGCGGGACUACGACAUCCUGGAGACCAUGGGCAACGGCAUGUUCUCGGAGGCCUUCAACGAUUUCGAGGCGCAGGGGAAAGCCGCUAGCGUCGACGUGCUGGAUGACGAUAAGAAGUACCAGAUGGUCCACUUCUCACACACGUUCUCAUGGCGAAAAGACAAAGGACGCUGCUGUUGAACGUAUCGAGGCCCCCUGCUAACCGUUUCGGUUUCCCGCUCGUUUCUGCCGCACCUGGCGCGCUGCAUCUCGAAAGCCAGAUCGGGGCCUGGACAUGUGUCAAAACGUCCUUCACAGCUAAUUCUUGACGAUCCGCUCAUGCCCACGAUCCCAUUUAGCAUUGAGCCCGAGGCGAGUUGCCUUGACCAGCGAGGGGUGGGGACGUACAGUGGCGCAAAGAGGGAGGACAGCCGCCCUGGAACCUCCACGUUGCCCUGUCGUGUCUCCUUCUGCAAGCAGGACGCAUGCUGGAGCCCCUCGCGCUUUUUCUUUCUACUUCGGACCAUCAUGCGCCAUCUGCUUGGAGGCC